AUGCCCGCCUUUCAGGCCAUCAAUCUCGAGCCUGAGGAAAACCUCGACGAGCAGAUCGAUACCACCAAGGAGCUUCACGUAGAUGAAGCCCUCAAGCGCUUUCAGAAUGCGCUGAAGCUCCACGCGCAAGGCCCGCGGUCCCGCGAAGCAGCCAGUGCCGCCUACGACGAGCUGUUCGAGUCCGAGAUAUUCAAGUAUCGAGAAGCGAAGACCGACUACGAGCGAGCGGAGCUACAGGCUGAUGGCCAGGCAGAAGACACCUCAGCACCCGAAUUCUUCGCAGACGGACUCGAUGUGGCCGCGGGCGGCGCAGAUGGAGUGGCUGCUAGUCUUGCUCUUGCGCUUUACCUCUCCUACAAGAAUUAUGGGCAGUUUUAUCUGGACAAGCUUAAAGAUGAGAGGGACGCAGACCCUGAUUGGGGCAGCAAGCUUCAGCUUUACUAUUCCAGCGACCAUGGGAAGAAGAUACUCGGCAACUGGACCGCUGCGCUGGACCAGGAUCCUUCAGAUCCGGAGCUCUGGAGAAAAGUGGCGAGAUUUGCCGGCGCCCUGAACAGCGGAAGAAUCAAGCGAUACUGCCUGGAAGCUGCAAUAGAGCUGGAUGACGACCCUGCCGUGAUGGAGGUUGAACCUCCUUCUCUCGCCGAGAGCUUGGCGGGCGAGCAGCUCAAGAUGUACUUGAAUCUCCUCGGCGACGACAUGGCAUUGUCGCAUCCGGCAAUGGCGCCUUGGAUAAAGAAGAAGCUGCCAGCGCUGCUGAAACGACAUCUCGACCCCAUUCCAUUUCUGCCAGAUCCGACUGCGACAUUGUCAGUGCCAGCGGAGUUGCAGAUCACCAAACAGCUUCUGGACAACGGCAGCGCUGAUGACAGUGUUACCAUAUCGAGCGACUUGGACGUGUCGAGCAGGAAUGUCGAGUCUUGGUCUGCUCUUGGAUCUGAGCUCAUGAAAUGUGCCGAGAGCACUAAGGAUGCUUUGGAGAUAUGCAGACUAAUCUUGCAAACUGCCGAGCAGGAUACGGACAUGGACGAAUCGCGAGAUGAGGCCAGCAACGGACCCGAGAAUGGCAUUCUUUCCGAAGACAAAAAGGCUUCAGAUACAAAUGGCAGCAAGGCAAAGGCGUCAGCGACGCCGCCGCGGGAAUCGAAAGGGAGCCAAGGGUCCGACGGUGCCGAUGACGCUGGCAAAGGCGCUGAUGCGACACAAAAGGAGGCCAAUGCCACACAGUCAGCGAGGAAGCGAUCACAGUCCGCCGCGGGACUCCCAGACGGCGCCGAUGAAGAGAACGUGACGGAGAAGAGAAGCAAGAGAGUUCGAAGGAGAGCCGAGACCACGCAGGCCGAAGAAGCCCCCGAUCCGAGCACUCUGAUAGCCAACCAACUGCGCCCUUUCCAGGAAGCUGACCAACAUCUGUUUGCAAUGACCAAGCACUUGCUGGAAGUCAUUGGAGUCGAGGAUAAAGGGACCUUUGAUUAUCUGGAGGAGAUGCUCAACCUGUGCGUGGCGGAAGAUCGGUCGUCCAAGUUUACUCGUGUCGGGGCCAAAGAUCUGCGCACGCUGAUCGCUGACUUCAAGGAAGAUGUUGCCAUGGUUUUUCUUAACAAGAAGGAACAGGCGACUCUGGGGCUCUCGUCUUUCUUGGAGCAUGCCAAGACUGGCUCCGAGGAUCAAGCUGUCACUGUUCCUUUCAACGAAACCAAAGGGCUGAGAGAUUUCGCGCUGAGAGUGGAGAAGAGAGGUGAGCAGAUGACAAGUCACGAUGUUAUCUUCGAGUGGAUGAAGACCAUAAGCUCGAGCUAUGCCUCCUUCAAGUGGUCCGACGACAUGAAACGAGCGGUUGUGCAGAUGCUCAACGCAGCCGACUCAUCGCUCUACACCCUAGUUUCGGAGGCACUGCAGACAGAAUCGUCCCCGGAAGCCCUCGCGGAGCUGGAAUCUCUAAUCCCCAUGGUGUUUGAACUCUACAUCGACAUCUACGAGCGAAUCACCAACCCAAGCAGUGCCGUGGAUUAUGCAACCCGCAUGGAAACCAAAUACCGACUCCAGCGGUGGCUGGAUUUGGCGUCAGCUUAUGUGCGCCUGAUGGAUCGGCCACCAGCUGAUCCCCUAUGCGUCAGGUUUCUGUGGGCAUCCGUCUUGGUGUCAUCGCUCUCAGACAACCCAGUUCGGGAGCACAUUCUCUUGCUGUGGACGUCGCUUCGUGAUUUUCUAACCGAGGAGAAAGUCGAGCCGCUGACUCUACCAAACAACGUGGUCAUGCCCACAAUCUCCCCGGCCGCGGCAGACCGGGAAAUUUCCAAGCUCACCACCAUGGAUUUCUUCCUCAGCCUUUUUCAGGAAGGUAUGGAAAGUCCCGUUCAUGUCAUUGAAACACUGGAGCCUGUCCUCAACCCUUCGUCCGUCUGCAUAUCUGCGGAGAGGCCAGAGGAGGCGCCAGAGCGUGAGGCAUCUUCUCCCCUUGAAUUGGGGGAACAUCAACAGCAGAAGAACAAGCAACGCAUAUCGGACUGCGCCACUCAGGGCAUGCGUGAUUUGUGGAAGUUCUUGAGCAGCAGCAGCACCGAGCUGAGAUUGUUUCUCUGGUCACGACUGGGAGAUGCGUAUGAAGCCAUAAAGUACACAACAAAGCGGUUCUCAUGCCUCCUCCGAAGCAUUGAGCUGAUUGUGGCGGACUUGGAGAGUGAAAAGUACGCCAAGCUCCCCGAUGAGUCUCGCCUGCUUCUCUACAUGAGAACGCUGAAGUCUCUCGACGAGCUGCUGAUCCAGGCCUUGACGUUGGCUUUGAACGACUCCUCGGCAUUCGACAUCAUCGAUGAUGAUCAUCUCAAGUCAAGUUGCAGCGCCAUUGCCAAGGCGAAUUCAAUUCUUCACGUUGCGUUCUUAUACGAAGACGAGGUCAAGAUAGGGGUCAAGACGGCACCAUCUUCGAACUCGACCUUUCAGUCUCUCAUCACCAAGCUGCGAGAAAUGCAGGUGCGCACCUGGUCUCUUCAGUUCACCAUGUUCAGGGCAGGGCUGCCUCUCCAUGACUCGAUUGAUUCGGAGAAGGAGCUGGCAGACUUCCUCGCCGCUAUACACCAAGUGAUUGGUCUUCGAAAGUGUUGUAAGGCUUCGAACAAGAUCUUCCUCAAGGUCAUGCGCAUGGAGCUGCUUAAGAACAAGAAUAUCGAAAACUGGGAGGACUACCUGCCGCAAGUGGUCUAUGACCUGUACGGUCUCAAGCUUGGAGUUGGAGCGUGGGAGGUUCAAGAUCAUGGCUGUCCGCACGAGAAGCUCGAAAAACGCCAGACGAUGCAGCUGGUGGAAAAGGUCAUGAUUCUAGCAAACCGCAUGCCGAUGAAGGACCUCUUGAAGUCGGAUCUCAAGACUGCAAUUGACCAUAUGCAGCAGACCAUUGGCCAGCCAAAGUCCACGGCACAAAUGAUCCACAACUUGCGCAACUUCACGGAACUCGUCAAAAAGCCCAUCCAUCCUCUUCGACUCUAUCAAGCGUUGGUCGGAGAGGUGACGGUGGAUGCUGUGUCGACGAACACGCCCGAAGCCGCUCUGGCGAAGCACGGCUGGUUCUUCUUGCUUGGCAUGAUAGCAUUGACAAAGUUCAAGGCUGUGGACUUGAACCGACGCCAGACUCCGGGCGCAACGGAUGAUCUCCGUAUCGGGGCGACCUUUUUGAGGUUGCAGCUGCAAUUCAGUUCAGACAGCUGGGAGUCAUGGUUCCGGCUGGCCGAAUGCUUCGACUAUGAUCUUGACGAGGCUGUGCUGUGGACCGCCGACAAGAUGAACAAAGACCGGGCAGAACUGGUCAAGUUCCAGAGGAACGCAAUCCACUGCUACACAUUGGCCCUGUCACAUUCUCGGUACCAACAGAUUGAGGCUACCGACGAAGAUCCGCUACACGACCUGUACCAUAAGUUCGGGAUGCGUCUGUAUGCCUCGAGCCGGGAGCCAUUUGCCAUGGAACCAUUUCAGCACUCUGACCAAGAACGAUUCUUCAUUCAGAACAUGGGGUCGGGAACAUUUAAGAGGAUCCUCCAUGAGCAGAUGACGGAAUAUAAAGUGUGGAAGUUUGCUGCGAAGCUGUUUAGAAUGGCCAUGGAGCGGAAGCCGGGCAACUGGAAGAACCCGUACAUGCUGGCCAAGUGUUACUGGAAGAUGUAUCAGACGCCAGACGAAGAGCUCGACAGCAAGGAUAGGGACACCAAGAUUGGCAUCAAUACGGUGCUCAAAGCGCUCAAAGACGCCGUCAAGGUCGCCUACAACGCGAGAAGGUCCCGUCACAGCGACCCGAUUCUCGAGCCGCACUACAAAAUCGUCUCGAUUGUACACAAACUUGUGAUGAGAGGGGACCUCCCUGCUAAAGAAGGAGCACAAAUCCUAUCGGAGCAGCCCUUUGGCGUGCAGUUCAGUCCGGAUGACGUCUUUGCUUCGUUUUCGGAGCCCGCAGACUGGACGGAAUACAUUAUCCCCACGCUUGUGAAGCUCAAGGAGAAGGACAAGUCUAACUGGCAGCACCGGAUCGUUGCACGCCACGCCAAGAUCCUGUUCGACGAGAGCCAAGGGGCACAAGUGAGCGACAAGGUGGCCGCGCAGGCUGCUUUUGGUAUCUUGCGAGAGAACAUGUUCACCAAGACCAUGGUCAUGAAUGUGUGGAAAUGCGACGCUGAGCGUCCAGGCCGCCAUCAUGUCUUUACCGAGCAAUAUGUGCGGUUCAUGACCAAUCUGCUUGUGGUCAUGGCCGACAAGACGAACUUGGAGCAGCUGCUGCGGCGUCUCCGCAAGAAGGGCGCAGACUUCUACCACUUUGUCGAUCUGUGGCAGUCAUGCUGCAUGGCGUACCUGAAGCUGCUGAGAGAUGCUCACGACAUACCGCAUCCUACAGACGACGCCUUCAAAUCAUUGUCCACCGAGGAGUUUGAGAUCAUCAGCGAGAGGAUCGCCGAAUGGGCCACACGCGACGAGGCCAACAUUCCAGCCUUCAUAUGCAUGAAGGAGGCUAUCGAACUCAAGAAACUCAAUGCUAAUCUGAUGAAGGUUGCCGGAAUCGAUGAUUUGAUCAACGACUGCUACGCCAAGAUUUACGUCGAUGUAGCCGCAACGUUGCCCGGUCAGGAGCCGAGCAAGAUCAUUGAGGAGCGCAAUCAGGCCAAGGAGAUUGCGGCCAAGCUUGAGGCUGCAGCUCAUGCUCAGGUCCAGGCUGAGUCCAAGCCAACCAGUUCCCUCAGCAACAUCCUGAAUCCCCCCAGCACUCACGACAGCCUCCCGGGCACUGCGACGCCGCUGGAAGGCGAGAAGUCUGAGGCGGCGCCGCGGGUCCGCAAGACUGGUGUUCGAAGGCCUGAUGUCCUUCGUAAGGCGGAGCAAGCGGUUACUCGGUCUUUGGAAACGCCCAAAUCGGCCUUGCCUAGAAGCCGAGUGGGAAGCAUGUCGAGCGCUAAGCGCGGGAGCCACACGCCCAAUGCGGGUGUCAGCGACGUCGACAGUGAUGACGAAGGGCCAGACGCGCAAGUUCGGAGAGAGGCAGGGGAGGACACCGAUAUGCCUGAUACGCAUGCGUACGAGGAGGACGGCCACGAUGGCCAGGACGACUCAAAGCUGGAGGACAAGGAAGAGCUCGAGAGCGAUGAUGCGCAUACCCUGGAAGAUUCUGUGGACAGUGACCUCAGUGAUGUUCCGGAGGACUACGAGGAGGAUGUGCCGCCGAGCUUGAUGUUUCCGCAUCUGGGACGCACCAUUCAGAGUGGUGAGACAAGUGGCGAGGAUGCUGAUAGCGAGAGUGAGGGUGACGAGGCAGAAGAAGAUGAGGAUGAAGAUGACGAAGAUGAUGAGGAGGAGCACGGAGAGGAUGAAGCCGAAGAGGCCGAAGAGGCUGAGGAGGGCGAAGAAGAACAUGAGGGUGACCACAGCAAGGACCUCCAUGACGAUGAAGAGGAUGAAGAGGACGAAGAUGUAGAAGAAGAAGAAGAAGAAGAAGACGAGGAUGAGGAAGGAGGGCAUGGGGACGAGCCUGAAGACGCGGAGAUGGCGGAGCCGCAAACGCCUCGUCGAGACGCGGACGACUCUCUUGAUAUGGGAACAUAG